AUGCCUCCCAAGAAAGCAGCAGAAACCACCGACAUUCAAGUCGACCCUGGAAAACCAGAUGAAACUGCUAUGCUUUUCGCUUUUGAGGUUCUCAGAAACAUCAAUAACAAUGGGCAGCUCGACAUCGCUGCAUUGUCCAAGACUAUGGGUCAUACCAAUGUAGCGAGCACUCGAAACGCGUUUGCUCGCUACAAAAAGCGCUGGGGAUUUGGAAACAUUAUCACCAAAAGCGCAGCCGGCACCUCCACCCCGCCGGAGGAGACUCCUUGCGCUAGUAUGCCCUCUUCUUCCCCUGAUUUCAUCUUCCAGGAAAUGUCUAACACAUAUAUGAACUAUACAACAGGCGUUCUAAAGCCCAACAAUGACGCAAACAAGGUCACGAAGAAGGGUGGUCGUCCGGCGGGGAUGAGUGCAAAAGGCGUCUCUUCCAAGAAGCAAUCUGAUCCCGUCAAGACCGAGGUCUCCUCUGAGGUCAAGGCGGAGCAAUCAGACGAAGAUUGA